AUGACCUCUUUCGAUUUAAAUUCUAUUUCUUCUGCUCUCAACGAUCCUGGCAGAACAAUCAGCGGUGUAGAUUUUUCAGGACGCUCUCUAAAGUUGGAUACCGCUGAAGAUGCUAAACCAAUUGUUGAUGCAAUCAAUGCAUGUCCUGACCUUCAGUUCCUUACACUCACUGGUAAUACUUUGGGGGUUGAAGCUGCUAAAGCUAUUGCAAAGGCCUUAGAAACCCACCCUGAAUUGAGAACGGCUAGAUUUUCUGAUAUGUUUACUGGUCGUAUGAAGACAGAGAUUCCACCUGCUUUGAGUGCUCUUGGAGAUGGAAUGAUUCAGGCGGGAGCUCGUCUGAAUUCAUUGGACCUAAGUGACAAUGCCUUUGGACCCAUUGGUGUAGAGGGCCUUGCUAAAUUACUACAAAGUGAUGUUUGUUCACAACUACAGGAACUUCGUCUGAACAACAAUGGUUUAGGUAUCACAGGAGGACGGUUACUGGCCAAGGCAUUGUCUGCAAGUCCAAAGAAGUUAAAGAUAUUUAUAGCUGGAAGGAACAGACUAGAGAAUGAUGGAGCGAUCGCGCUAGCUGGUGUAUUUCAGAAUAUGGGUACUCUUGAAGAGCUAGCGAUGCCCCAAAAUGGUAUUUACCAUCCUGGUAUUACUGCUCUUUCCAAGGCUUUUACACAGAACCCAAGCCUUUCUUGCCUAAAUCUGAAUGACAACACUAUUGGACCUAAAGGGGCAGUUGCCAUUGCUACAGCGCUGCCUAGUUUGAAAAAUCUUAAAUCCAUCAACUUCGGUGAUUGUUUACUCAAAAGUAAAGGAGCCUGUGCACUGGCCAAUGGACUUAAGGACAACUUGGUACCACUAGAGUCACUCGACUUGAGUCACAAUGAAAUAGGCAGUGCGGCGUGUAUGGAGGUGGUGGAUGCGUUAAGUGCAUUACCAGACUGUGUUGACCGUCUUAGCAGAGUGGUUUUAGCAGGCAACAGCUUGGGCGGUGCGACUAAUAAAAAGAAUAUAAAAGACAAGCUUGGCCCUUCUGCUGAACUCAGUGAUGGAGAAGGCAGCGAGGAUGAAUUUGUAUCUGACUCAGAAGAGGAAGAAUCACAGGAAUCCGAGGCCGAAGAGAAUUCAGAAGACAGUGCAACAGAAGAUGCACAGCAUAUGGACACUGUGCUCGACAUGGGGAAGGAGAUUGUACUGGACACAUCUGGAGUGGAAGAAAUCGAUUCGGACGUCGGCAAAUUCAUCCAAGAACCGACUGUUGAGAACUUAACCAGACUAGGACCAAACGCUGCACACGUUAUUGACACACAUUUUCAGUCAAUACAUGACCAAGAAAGUCUCAUCCAAGCAUAUGUGGAAGCUCUUUGCUGUGUCUCCGGGCUUUCCCAGCAAAGUUCAGUAGCGGGAGACGUUGCAAGGGAUUUGUACCCAUUGUUGGUUAAGAGAGCCAAACAGCAGUGGGUGUUGACCAACAAUGUACUUGCAGCUUUACAGCUUAUUAAGGCGGAAAACAAAAACUUCAAGGUCCGUUGGAGUAUACCGCCAUGCUUCACAAUAUUGGCGUCACAAAUUGACGCCCAGUACUUCCCAGCAGCUCUUCGAGAUACAUUACGAUUCUUUAUCAGCAGUAAACUGCAGUCACUGCCACCGGAUGUGAAGGCGGCUAUUGAUUUGCACCCGAAUUUACAGUCGUAA